ACAGAAGAGUAUUUAUUUUAUCAAAAGUUUCUUAAUUAUCAAAAUUGUUUUAAAAGUAAACGCAUGGUGUCCUCCGUUUAAAUCUAUAUUUGCCUACGGUAUCGAAAAAUUACGCACAAAGAUACAUUGAUAACACAAAGUGCAUAUUUUUACAAGUGACACCGCAAGUAUCGGUGGACUUUCCGUCGAAGAAAUGACUAUACAUUUGUAUUUUGUCUUGUUGUUGUGCUGUGGAUUCAUCGUUCAAACAAACGGAUUGUUUCGCACGAGUGAAUUGUUUCCAUCAAUCGCAGAUCCCAAUCUGUCAAUGGAACGUAUCGUAAGAAACACCGGAUAUCCCUUUGAACUUCAUCACGUAACAACCAAGGACGGAUAUAUAUUAUCUGUGCAUCGGAUACCAUCUAAUAAUACGAAUGUAAAUGUUCAGAAUCGACGAGUGGUGCUUAUUAUGCAUGGGCUGUUGGGAUCUUCGGCAGAUUGGGUGGUCCCGAGUCGAGAUCGAUCAAUCGCUUAUCUUUUGGCUGAUAAUGGUUACGAUGUGUGGCUCGGUAAUUCCCGCGGGACCACCGCCUCGAAGAACCACACGACGCUUUCCCUGCAGAGUGCUCAAUUUUGGGACUUCAGCUGGCACGAGAUGGGUAUGUACGAUUUACCCGCUAUGAUAGACUACAUAUUGGCUCAUACCGGCCAGAAGCAACUAUUCUAUAUCGGCUUCUCUCAGGGCACGACGCAAUUUUGGGUGCUGAUGUCCCUCAGACCGGAGUAUAACGAGAAAAUCAAGCUCAUGUCCGCUUUAGCUCCUGUGGCUUAUACAGGACACAUUAUCGGUUUGCUGAAACCCGCAAGUUUCUUCGCAAAUUUCUUUAAGGGAAUUUAUAGAUACACGGGAUUCUUCGAAUUGUUGCCGAAUACGGCUUUGAUGAGAUUCUUAACGCAAAACUUCUGUCGAGAAGGCAUGCCGACCCAAUACUUUUGCGAAUUCAUUACUUUCAUUAUCGGAGGCUUCAGCACCGAAGUAGAUCAUGCUCACUUCGCAGAGUACGUGGAGUUUGCACCGGCGGGAUGUUCCUACAAGCAAUUGGUUCAUUACGCGAUGGGUAUUCAGAAUCCAGGACAUUUCCGACCUUACGAUUACGGCACGCUAAACAAUAUCAUGGUUUACGGGCAGUUCACGCCGCCAGAAUAUCCCUUAGAUAGGAUUACAGCCCCGGUGAUUUUGUAUAACGGCUUGAACGACUUUCUCGCUCAUCCAGACGACGUUGAUAUUUUGAGCAGAAAACUGCCAAAUAUUGUGGAGAAGUACACAGUGACAUUGACACGACUGAAUCACUUCGAUUUCAUGUUUGCUGUAGAUGUACGACAAUAUGUUUACGAUCAUCUGAUAGAGAAAAUGAAUUCCAUUCCAUAAAGGUGAAAUACAAUGACAUUGGGAAUAUCGUAUUGACAAUUAUUUCUAUCAAUUAUAAAUGAUUUGUGUUAAUAUAUGAUUAUAUUAUUGUAUGUGAUUGAUGACCAAUUUAACUAUAUUUCAGUUCGAUCGAUUAUUCAUCGGGAAGAAAAUUGCAAACGCUCGGAACUUGGAGACUUCGCAAGCAUCUUAUCUAUUCUUUGCACAUCACUCAAUGAAAUAUAUGGU